AUGAAUAUGAACAUUAUAUAUAAGAACAAAUUUUUAAAUAAGCUCACAUUAAAAAAUAAGGGAAUGUUCCUGAAGAAUAAUAUGUGUAUAUUUAAAAAUGAUGGAAAUUAUAAAACAAAUUUUAUAUAUAGGAAGAAGGAAAAAGAUAUAAAAAAGUAUGAAAAUAAUUCCUAUUCGUUGAAAAAAGAAAGAUAUAAUAUUGAAUAUUUCAAUGACAAAAAUAAUAAACAAAGAGGAUACAUGUUCAUACAAAAAAAAUUAUUAUCGUCUCAGAAAAAAACUGAUAAUAUAUUAAAAGGCAAAAGAAGUGUAUAUAUUAUAAAUAGCUUUCUUUUCAUAUGUGGAUGUCUGAUUUCUUUAUAUAGUAUAUUUGUAUAUGAUUUUUUUUUUAAUAGAUUUUUUCAAAUAUGUUCAAAUGUAUUUUUCUUAUUAUUUCAUCUUACUAAGAAAAGUGUUAAUAUUGUAGCUUCUUUAUUUCAUUUAUUAUUUGUUUGUUUCCAAGUUGGUGUUUUAUUCAAGAAAAUGAAAGAUUAA